GAAAGAGUAAUAAUAAUAAUAAAUGUAAUCACAACUCACGUGUGUAAAACGUUUGAAGAUGGAAGACUUUUUAAAAAUUGACUGGAAUCCGCCAACAAGUGACGUAGUGGAUGAUGUAUUUAUUAAUGAAGAUAGGUUAGAGAGUACAAGUGUCAUGUACCAAUUAAUCCGUGAGAUGUUAGUGGAUCCUACCAAAGACGCUUAUAAAAAAUACAUUGAUAAGAUAACACCGGAUGAUGUUAAAACUUAUAAAGCAAUGAUGGCUAAGCAGAAUGUGGAGAAAAAUUUGAAAAGACGCAAGAAGGAAGCGGAUGAUUCUGUAGAGCAGGAAAUUGAAUUGCCGAGGGGUUACGUUCCUGGGGUGCCUAAAAAACUUGACAUCAGGUUUCCUAGAUCUUCUAGUUUGACUGCUGAGCAACAAGCACUUGGAGUAAAGAUUUAUACUAGUACUAAUUUAUCGCAAAUGAAACCUGAAUUAGAAGCCUAUAUGGAUCUAAGACAUUUAAUUGAUGAAGAACAGAAAAUUUAUUUGGAUAUAUGCAAGGAUAAUUGGAACCCAGAUCUGAUUAAAUUAAUAAGAGAAGAUCUUAUCAAUAAAAAAUGGAAUAAGAAAUUAAAAUCAGCUCGUAAACUGCAUAGGCAUUAUUUGGAAGCUGGGAAUAUUCCAUUUACUUCAGAAUUUAAGAUAAAAAAUAAUUUUGUAUCAACUGUCAUUGAUGUGGAGAACUUGCCAUUGUUGUUGUUCCCGGACCCAGAGCGACGUUAUGUAUUAGACCGGUACUCAAAGGUGAUCGAGGCCAGAUACUUUAGAGAUAAAAACUCUCAAUUAUUCUUAGGAGACUUGGACAGUAAUUUUGAGAACUUAGCCAAGGAACACAAUGUUGAUCUGGUGAUUACCCAAUCAGGGUUAAAUUGUCUGGCUAUCAAUAUUGAUCCUUCCUACGCGAACAAUUGGAUCCUUCCUGUUGAAGUCAAGGAAAUUAACAACAAAAAUGUUGUCUUUGUUGGCAAACCAUUGCCGCCUAUGGUGAAAAAUGUUUUACAAAAAAAUUCAUGGGUUGCUAAGUACAUUCUUAAGAGCUUUUUUCUUGUUCCUGAUAGUCCUGAUGCUAAUACUCAGGAUAACUUACUGCAUUCAAGACCACCGAACUGGAGAGAUCCUGAUACUUCGGUUGAAGACUCGGAUAGAGUUUGGUGCGAACAGUAUCAGUAUAAUAUUUAUGAAAUUGGAUCUGGUGGAUCUCCACAAAAUGAACUUAUGAAAAGUAAAAUUCAAAAAGAUUAUAAAUUGUUGGUGAGAACUAAAAUUGAUGGAAUUGAGAAAUCAAGAAAUGAUGAAAUAAAUCGAAUAAAACUUGCACCAAAAUUAGAAAAUCAAUUAUAUUUAGGCGCUGAAGCGGUUACAAUAGAAGAAGGAGCAAGACAGUGGAUUUCUUUAGCUUUUACACCAGAUACAACUCUUCUGCGAGUUCGAAUGUCAGCAAAAACCUUGGAGUACAUUCAACGAGAAACUCGCUCAACAGUUUCUAUCAGCAAUGAACUGAAUCGCCUUUACAGUGUCAAAGGCGAAGACGCAUAUCCCAUUAUAUACAACGUCGCUGACACUAUGACAAAAAUGUCACCAGGACGCUAUCUUUUGCGACACACUCCGCGAAAUGGAGCGUUUGCUAAUAUUUACAGGGAGACCGAUCAACAAUCAAAGGGGAAAAAUACAAUUGACCUUGAAGUUAUCUUCUGCCAAGAUGAGUUUGAAACCGCUUCUAAUCCUCCAUGGCCGUUGAUCGACAACAAGGCACUUACACCAGCUUUAAUUUGCUGGAAGCGUUUGCCAGCGAUGUUUUAUCCGUCGAAAUUUCCUCCAAAACCUCAACAAAAAAAGAAUCUUCGGAAUCGAAAUGCAAAAAAAUAAUAUUUCAUUAAUUUUAUUUGUUAAUUAUUGU